AUGAAAUAUUUAUUAAAAAGAAAAAACAUAAAGUUGGUAUCCUGUAAUAACUUUUAUAAAUCAUGUUACUUUUAUUGUUCUAUUGAAAAAAAAGCAGCUAAUAUUUUUGAGAAUAAAAAAUUAAUAACAAAAAAUUACUUGAUUCAACAUGAAAAUGAUAUCAUAAGUAUUUUACAACAUUCAUUAAGAACAAAAAAUGAAAUAUCAUCCCAAGAUAUAGUUUUAUUACUCAAAUCAUGUAGUAAAAAUAGAUAUGUAAAUUAUAAAACUGCGAAUUUAAUAAUUAGGUAUAUCAAGUAUAACAUUGAAAAUUUUUCAAUAAUUAAACUAUGCAUAUGCUUAAAUUAUAUGGUGAAUUUAAAUAUAAAAAAUGAUGAGAGUUUUAAUUAUUUAGUAACUAAUUCUUUAAUAAAAAAGUUGAAAAAUGAUGAAAAUUUAGAUUUGUAUGGUAUAUGUAUGAUAACUAAAUUUUUAAUUAAUGAAAAAAUAAAAAAUGAGGAGUUACUAUAUUUUUUGUUAAACUUAACGAACGAUAACCUAGAUAAAAAUUGCAAUCAUUAUGACAUAUAUAAUUUGAUAAUUUCAUUUUUAAAUAUUCAAUAUCUUAUUUUAAAUAAGAAUGAUAAUAUAUGUAGUAAAGAUAAAGAGAUAAGCAAAAUUCGUUUUAAUAAUAACAUUGCAUAUACAGAAUUUUUUUUUAAAGAUGUAAAUGAUGAUGCAGUUAAUAAUAGUAAUUUGAAAAGUAUUAAUAAUGAUUAUUCUAAAAACAAUUAUAAAAAUAAUUAUAGAAAUAUAGUUAAAUUAAAUGAAGAAGUUAUUUAUAAACUAUUAUUUCACUAUAUAAAGUUAGAAAAUAUAAAAAAUGAGGAGAUUAUUUUAAUUGUGAAUAAUUUAACUAAUAUAAAAAAAUGUUACUUUUUUUAUGAUAUGAAUUUAAAUAAAAAUGAUAGAAUUUUAUUAUAUGAAACAUAUUUAAACAAAUUAAAUUAUAAAGAAAAUUAUGGAGGACAAGCACUAGCUCUUUUGUUAUUUAAUUUACAAAAAAUUCUUAAGUUUAAUGAAAUAUCAGAAAGCAUAUUUUACAAUAUUUUAGAAAAUAUUAACAACUCUAUUAGAUAUGUUUCAUUAUGUACCAAAGAAGCUACACAGAGGGAAUUAGAAAAACAUAAAGAAAACUUAAAUGAAAAAGAAAAGGAUAAUUUUUUGAAACAAAGUGAAAAUAAGAAAAGGAUAAAAAAUACAGAAAUAAAUGAAGUAAAAAAUAAUCAUAGAGAAAAUGACGUAGAAUAUUCUAAAAAGAUAAAUAUUAAUUUCACAAAUAAAAUAAGAAUGAAUUUUAGUAUUCAAGAAAUUGGUAUGGUAUUUCAAUUUUAUGAUUUUUUGUUAAAUUAUGAAAAAAAAAAUAAAAUGAAAAAUGUUGAACAAGAUUUUAAAAGUAAAACUAAUCAAGAAGAUAUUUUAAAUAAAAAAAAUAAUUCGAGUGAUUUUAAAUUUGUAAAUAAGUCAAAAAUGUUACAGAACAAUUACAAAUCAAUGGAAGUAUUUGUUGAAAGGGUUUCAAAUAAAAAUUAUUAUGAUAUUUUUGAGACAUAUAUAAAUAUCUUAAAGAAAAGUUUAUUUUUUUAUUCUUUAAAUAAUAGAAAAGAGAAAAUGAAUGUACUAGAUUUUUGUACGGUAUUCAAAGGAUUUUCUAAAAUAUAUAAAAAUAGUCACUUAGAUAAACAUAUACUCUCAUUUUUUCUGAAUUUCAUAAUUUUAAAUCAAAACAAGAUAAAAAUAAAUGAAUUAAAAAUUAUAUUUAAACUAAUUUUUGAAAAAAAAAAUGAAGAUUUUAUGGAAAUAAUUUAUAAUACAAACAAUUUUUUUAAUUGUCUACAAAAUAUAUUAAUUAAAAAUUUGUUGAAUGAAGAAAGAACAAAAAAGGAAAAUAUAUCAUCCUUUAUUAUGUGUUUUUAUUAUUUAUCCUUUUUAAACUUUAAUAGUAAUACAUAUUUAAUACUAAAUCAAUUCAUUUUAAAGAAUAUAAGAAAUAGUAUUGUAAUUUCUCUUAUCCCAUAUAUUCUUAUAAGCAAGUUUAACUAUUAUAAAUUAAGAAAAAAGUUAUAUAAGGAAAAUAUGAAAAUAGAACUAACGAAAAAUUAUAAAGACAUUAAACUUAAAUGUAUUUUAAACGAUAUACAAAGAAAACAAAAUAUAAUUAAUACUGAAAAUAUCCAUAAAGUAAUGCAUAAUGAUAAUGAAAAAAACAUAGAGAACAAUGAAAGAGAAGACAAUAAGAAAGAGAUUUCACUAGAAUUUAAGGAUAAUUUAGACGAUAUUAAUAGAAUACCCAUUUUCUUUAAAAUAAUUAACAAGAAUUUUAAUCUAUAUAAAACAUAUUAUGUGUUGAAUUGUAUAUACAUGCUUAUAAAAUUUUUAAAAGAGAAAAAUACAUUUCUUCAUUUUUCAAAUUGUAAUUUUCCCGAUUUAUUUGAAAAAUUACAAAGUAAAUUAAGUAACCAAAAUUUGAUUUGUGAAAAUUAUGACUAUUUUAUCAAUUAUACUAAAUAUAAUUAUUGUUUAUCUUUUUUUAAUUAUUAUAUAAACUUAAAUAAUUUAUUAGGGAAAAUACAAUUCAAAAAUAAUUUUCCUUAUAAUUUUUAUACACCAUUUAAUACAUACAUGUGGACUCAUUUUUUAAUGAAUUAUGAGAAUCAAUUAGUGAAUAACGGUUUUCAUUUGAGUAAAAAUUCAUACAAAUGCAUGGAUAAUAAUCCAUUUAAAACAAUAAUGAAUGAAAAAAUGAUAGUUUUUCAUAAUUUUAUGAAAUAUAUAAGGUGUUACAACUUUUUAAAUAUAUAUGAUAUAAUAAAUAUGAUAAAAACAUUAAAAUUUUUUUCUUCUAAACUAAGUUAUAGUAACUUUACAAUAUUCUAUAAUUUCUUAAUAUUUUUGAAAUCUUAUAAGUACAUAAAAAUAAGUACUAUUUUUGAAUUAUUAAUUGAAUAUAUUAAAUUUUUGUAUUACUUGGAGUUAGAAAAUCAAAAAUUAUUUGAAAAAUGCAAUUAUAUAAUAGUGGAUAUUUUUAUAUUUCUAUUCAGAAUGAUUUUAAAAAAUAUAUUAGGAAAUUUAGAAAAUAAUUAUAUUGGUAUGUUAUAUUUAUCUUUUCUAUAUUUAUAUUAUUUUAUUCAAAAAUCAAAUUAUGUUUUUCAUUCCUUAUCAUUAAAUAACUUGAAUAAAAUAAAUUAUUACAUGAACUUAACAUUUAUGAGCUUAGAUAAGUACGAGCAAACGUAUUCUUUUCAAUUACACAUUUUGGCAGUUCUCAAGGGAAUUAUAAAAAAUAAAAGGAGGAUAAUUAAUGAAUACAACAUUUAUGAUACACCUUAUACCAUUGAUAUACUAAUUAAAUAA